CCCCUUCCAGGUAAUAUUCCAUGAUUCAUCUAUAGAGAUUCCGCUCCGAAGGCUUAAUUCUUUCAGAUCUGGACAGCGAGCUAGUAUCCAAGCAGGGAGCGUGGACGAGUGCUCAGCACAGCAAGUCAGUCGGAGGGUUUGAAGCUUAGAAAUUGGUUUACAAGAGUGUGUACACUUGAUAUCACCGCAGGGACUAGUUGAAAUAUGGUCUGGCUCCGAAGUGCUGAUACAGCUCCCAAUAAUAGCCUUGAUGAGGAUGUUGUGUACGUCAAGCAUCAGGCCCAAUCCCAACUCGCGAAUGGGGCUGUGCUUCCGGUUGGCAAGCGCCAUAGAAGGAGAGCUUUCGGAGGCUCCCCACCCGGAACUAUAACGGGACCGUACCCCUGGGCAUGCAAAAUCUUGCAGGGCCUUGGGGCAAUGAAGGAUCAGUUGGAUACAUUCUUCAUGACCUAUCCAACACCCUGUCAUAUCGAUCCGAUUCAGUGCAUUCGACUUGGGCGUAAGAGGAGAUUGACGGGUAUUGUAGCCAAAAUAGUUCUUGCAGUGGAGCUCUCUCAAUUGGGUAGGCGUCUUGGAGUAGGACAUCGUCUCAUCGGCUAUUGGAGAGAUCAUAGGGGUAGUUGCUCCAGCAGUAACUGUAGUAGUGCUCAUCGACAGUGCGUCUUCAAGAAAGUAAUCGGCAGUAUAGGUGUCAACAGCAAGGAGUCGGAUCCGAUAAGCGUUCUCAAGGAUAUUCUCGGUUUGCUCACAUGA